AUGUCUAGGAAGCGCAAGGCUCCUCGUGAUGCCUCUCCUAACAAAAGAGCCCUCAACGAUGACGAAUUGAUUUUUGAAGUCUUAAAAGUGGCAACGAGCAAAGAUCCUGAAUUAAUGAUCUUGAAGCUUAUGGAAUCGCACUCAUUCAGUUUCGCUCGCCUCAAAGAGCUCUUGAUCCGAAACGGUCUGGAGAUCAGUUUUUCAAAGGUUAAAUAUGUUGAUAUUGCCCCGAGAGUCGGCUUGGACCCUCUUAAACGAGAACAGGAUAUCCCCUUGUUUGACAUGUUUCGUGCUCGGCUUCCAAACGAGAUCUUUCGUAAGAUUAUCGAGGAUAUCGAUUUGUUCUCGAAACAAUACGGGACCAUGGACAGACAUGAAAAUGGGUACUUUAAUCGAAUUGUGGCGUUAUUUUCCGGUCUCAUAUUUAAUACCCCUGAGGCUUUGAUAGAGGGAACAAUGACCAAGAAGGGCCAUAUCGAGUACCAGUUCAAGACGUAUGGCGGUAUCACAAUCGUGUUUAUUGACGUCAAACGAGAAACGGGUGUCGCCUCGGAGCGACUUGACUUCAUAGCGCAGGUAAUAGCAGAGUGUGAUGCAUGUUCAUGGGUGAAUUACCAGAAUGGGUACCGUGACUCGGGGUCUUGUGUGAUGACAAACACUUUUACUUCUUUCAAUUUAUCGGCCGAUUCCCGGGAAAUACAUUGCCACAGUUCUCCUUGGGAAGGUUUCCAAAUGGAUCACAGAGAAUCAACAUUGAGACUCCUAAUCCAAUGUUCGAUUCGCCUUCUGAUUGUCGAGCGCAAGCCAUUGGGAACGAAGCGUACAAAGGGCCCAAGAAGAGGAAAAGAAAGGCUUUCUACUCCUGGAUGGCUAAAGGCAAAAGCCAUGGCAGACGAAGCUCUUUCAACAGCUACUUCUGCUUGGAACCAAUACAACAAUGGCGAGCUGGGGGAAUCUAGAAAAUCUGCAGAAAAGGCGGUUCAAUACCUAAGUGAAAGUAUUGAAGCGGCUCCUUUCGAAAAGCCUGUGACUUUUCCUGGUUUCACUGAAGAUAUGGUCGAUGAAUGA